AAGACAUUCCAAAUAGAGGCCGUGAAGCCAGGCUGCCCCUCCACAUCAAAGCGGAGGGCAUAGGGCCCCGGCUCCGCUUCAGCUUCGAGCAGCUGGACAUUGGGAAUGUUUUUGCUGGAUCAGCCCACAGCUAUGAGGUGAUCCUGUUUAACAAAGGAGCCAUCGAUGCUCCCUUCAGCUCGAUACCUCCAAGUCCAGCUCUGGGCUCCUGCUUCACCUUUCUCCCCUGGAAGGGCAUUAUUUCAUCAGAUGGGCUCCAGGUCAUCAAGACCUCCUUCAGUUCCACCAUCCUGGGGAAAUUCACAGAAGAAUUCAGGUUCAGGGUGAAUGGAUCCUCUGAGCCUGUGACUUUGACUAUCAGCUCUGCUGGAAGGCUUCGACAUCUGAGAGAGCACAGCUUCAUAGAGGAGCACAUUGACCGGCAGGUGUCCCCCAUCGAGAGCUUGCGCCUGAUGUGCCUCCUCUCCAUCACGGAGAACGGUGAGGUGUCUGUCUGCUCUGGGCAGGGAAGGUUGGAUCGGGGGCCCUCCAGCCUGGGUGCAGAGCUCACCCUGCUGCUCCCCACAGGUCUCAUCCCCAAAGAUUACCGGUCCCUGAAAACCCAAUACCUGCAGAGCUACGGGCCUGAGCACUUGUUGACCUUCCACAAGCUCAAGCGCAUCGGGCUGCUGACCGAGCAGUCGGCCGCAGAGACGCUGACCGCUGUGGAGAGCAGAGUCAGCAAGCUGGUGACAGACCGUGCUGCCGCUGAGAGCCAGCCCUCUGCCCCUGGGGAGCUGGGAGCACAGCCCUGCCCUGCUGGGAGCUGCUGCUCCAGAGCCGGAUGGAAGCACGCAGCAAAAGUGGACACUGCAGGCACAGAGCUACGAGCAGGGCAGAGCUUUGGCCCAUGGGAGCAGCAGGGCUGGCAGGUGCUGCUGCUGGUUCUCUUCUGGAGCCCGGAACUCUGUGCGUCCCUCUGCCCAGCUGUGACUAAUCCUGAGGCUCUGAGCUGUUUCUUCUCCUCUUGUUUUCCAGGAAAGAUCACAGAUGCAUUUAAUUCUUUGGCCAGAAAGAGCAAUUUUCCAGCUAGAAGCAAGAAGCUGGGGUUGGUAUGUCCUUGUGGAGCUGCUGCCUUGCCCACGUGCCCGCUGGUGCCAGAGCAGCUCUGGUCACUCUGUGCAGGCUGGGCACCCUCAGAGACACACACGGCACAGGGCCAGAGCUGCUGUGGCAGUGGGGUGGCAGAGGGAUAUGAGGGAGCAGAGGGGUUCAAGAAUGGCAGAGAGGUUCCAGAAUGGUAA